GAGUGUUUGUAGUUUUAUCCUGGGGUUGACUCCCUAUAUUAGCGUGUCAUAGUGACACAGCAGUGGCAUUGACAGACGGACCCUCCUACCGACCCACUCGCUUCCUGGUUAUGGCUUUGCUUGCUCGGUUAACAGGGAAACAACUCUCAAGCACCUUCAUCCACUCACCUCGCUUGUACCGAUCGUCCCUCAGGCACAAAACCGCCCGCAUGGCUUCAAACGCGUCUCCAGCAGCAGACACGACCAGGUUCGACUUUCUGGUGAUCGGCGGUGGGUCCGGGGGUCUGGCCGGGGCUCGGAGAGCAGCCGAACUCGGUGCGUCAGCAGCUGUCAUUGAGAGUAACAAACUCGGAGGUACCUGCGUCAAUGUUGGCUGUGUCCCAAAGAAGGUUAUGUGGAACGCUGCCGUCCACGCAGAAUAUAUCCAUGAUCACAGUGACUAUGGCUUUGACGUUGGGAGUGUCAAGUUCACCUGGGAAACUCUCAAGGCCAAAAGAGAUGCGUAUGUCGGUAGACUGAAUGGCAUUUAUGGCAACAAUCUUGUCAAGGCUAAAAUCGAAAGCAUUAAUGGCUAUGCCCGCUUUACCAACGACCCUGAACCCACCGUGGAGGUCAACGGCAAGAAAUACUCUGCGCCUCAUAUCCUGAUCGCCACUGGAGGGCGGCCUUCCACCGUGAGUGAUACUGAAAUUCCAGGUGCAAGUCUGGGCAUCACCAGCGACGGCUUUUUUGAACUUGAGACUCUUCCGAAACGCAGCGUUGUUGUAGGUGCUGGUUAUAUUGCAGUGGAAAUGGCUGGAAUUCUCUCCACUCUGGGCUCUGAAACCUCCCUCAUCAUAAGACAAGGAGGGGUUUUGAGGACCUUUGAUAGCUUCAUAAGCACAAAUUGCACCAAAGAACUGCAGAAUUCCGGUAUAGAUUUAAGGAAGCACUCUCAGGUGAAGUCGGUGAUCAAAAAGGAGAAUGGCCUGGAGGUCACGGUGGUCACUAGAGACCCGGAGAAGAAACACGAAGAGGAGAUCAACACCAUCCAGGGAGUGGACUGUCUGCUAUGGGCCAUCGGUCGGGAGCCCAAAACAUCCGGACUCAACCUUGGUCACCUGGGUGUAAACGUGGACAAAAGAGGACACAUCAUGGUGGAUGAGUUCCAGAACACAAGUCGAGCAGGCAUCUAUGCAGUCGGGGAUGUGUGUGGCCGAGCUCUCCUCACUCCCGUUGCAAUUGCUGCAGGCAGAAAGCUAGCUCAUCGGCUUUUCGAGGGAAAGAAGGAUUCAAAGUUGGACUACUCCAACAUUCCCACUGUUGUGUUCAGCCACCCACCCAUUGGGACUAUUGGGCUGACUGAAGAAGAGGCAAUUCAGUCGUACGGGAAGGAGAACAUAAAGAUCUACAAGACCUCUUUCACUCCCAUGUAUCACGCCAUCACCACCAGGAAGAGUCUGUGCAUCAUGAAGCUUGUGUGUGUGGGCAAGGAGGAGAAGGUUAUGGGUCUGCAUAUGCAAGGUCUGGGAUGUGAUGAAAUGCUGCAGGGAUUCUCUGUCGCCAUCAAGAUGGGGGCUACUAAAGCAGACUUUGACAGGACCGUGGCCAUUCACCCCACUUCUUCUGAGGAGCUUGUGACUCUCCGUUAGUCCCAAGACUGAUUCUCCACUGUCAAGUCAGCAGCCUAGUCAUUUAUACUACGUGACACUUUUCAUUUGGCAUGUUUAAAAAAAAAAAAGAACACAGCAUUCCUGUUUUCUGCUGAUCACCCCAGUGGCCUUCUUCUCACCUUCAUUCCAUGUGACUAUACAAGAAGUCAAUUAAAUUAUGCAAACACGAAUAAAUUCUUUUAAAGCAAUGUUGUAAGGUCACUAAGUUUUUCAUUGUAAUGUGUGUACUGUUCAAACUGUGUUGCUUCACCAAGGGUUGCAAUUGCUGCUCGAUUGCUCUUUAGGUGAAAUAAAGCUCUAAGUUUUCAUGUAAAUCAGUUUCAAAUGUGUCCUGAAUUUAAAUGUUUACAAUGCUUAAUAAAUGAAUUGUGGGCCCUGUAUGGUAAU